UGCUAUUUUUGCUGUUAAUAUUGCAACUUUAUUCUUCUAAAAUUGUAUUUUUAUUCUCAUAAAAAAUGACUGCUGUUUUUUUUUUUUUCAUUUUUGCUGUUUUUUUUUUAAUUUUCUUGUUUAGUUGUAUUUUAGAAUGUGCUGAGGGGCUGAUACAAAACAGUAGUGGGCCGUAUAUGGCCCCAGGGCCAUACUUUGGAAACCGAUGGUCUGUCGUGAAACAGGACCAAACGGGGACCGAGACCGCCUGAGAACCGGACCAAAAAAUGACAAGUGUGAUGGCACCAUAGUAUUUAGCAGAAGCAACAUUCACAGGCCGUCCACUAUCAGUUCUUGCAAUUAGUCAUGCAUACCGCUGACCCACAUUUGGGGAAACUGCAACCAGGAAGUUGUAAAACGCAGCAAAAACAUAGGAAAUGCAGGGAGGGCAAAGUUGAGCUUGUUGUUAUGCUUGGGGGAUUAAAGUGUCAUCUUUGUGCAUGGCCACUGAGUUAUUUUCCAGCCUCUCCUUCUUAGAUUAAAAUAAAAGGUUUAUAAAGUCAGGGUCUGGCGGGCUGCUGUCUUGCAUGUCAUUUCUCUUGUCUCUUCUCUCUUCGACUAUGAAGCCUGCGAUAUGCUCAUUUUGCAACACGGUGUCUUCCAAUGCCAAAUAGUACAGAAUGAGAUUGUGCAUUUAAAAAAAAAACACGUGUUAAAGAUUACAAGCUGUCCCCUCCUCCUGGUGCCUACGGCUUCUUGCUGUUGUCGACUAUUGAGCUACCAGCUGACCUACUUUCUCUCCUCUCAGCCGCUCGCUGCUGUUGACAAGCCCGCCGAGGAUGGUGGACCACGCAGCCCGCGAAACACACGGAUGGCAAAGCGCUUGAAGUGGACUUUUUCCAUCUAGCCCUCUCAGAAGCGACCAGACGGGUUUUUUCUCCUAAUACAUGCGCCUUGUCAACUUGUUAUGCAAUUUAACGCGUUCGGCCACGCAGCCCUCGUCGCUGCGCACGCAAAAAAAUGAUCACAUCGGUGCAGUUUUUAGGCGUGGAUGUUUGUUUUCUGCCGGACACCCUUUGCUUUCAAGUACGUGGCGGGAGCCAUGAUGGACUGAACACCUUAGAAAAGUGACGUCGGCGAAGGCGCAGCUCUGAGUUUAAGCAGAAUAAACAAACAUGAGAGGAUGAAUGAGACAGAAGACAUGGAGAUGAAGAUGGCGUCAAACACAGAAUGGAUUUGGCAUUUGUACGUCCGCUAGGGUGUGCUAGUUUUGUGUGAAAGUACGCUCAGAUGAGGUCAACACGGAUGGGACUUGUGAGAAUCGAGAGACAGCCUGGAUGGGAAAGAGCGUGAGUAUGGACAACCUUUCUGACUUCGGCGGCCCCUGUCCUUCCAGCCGCAGGGAAUGGGAUACCAUCAGCUGCGUGGAAGAUUUAAUGGAUGAAGAUGAAAAAGACAGGGCCAAAAGGGCAUCCCGAAACAAAUCGGAAAAGAAGCGACGAGACCAGUUCAAUGUGCUCAUCAAAGAGCUAUGCACCAUGCUGCAGGGCCAAGGCCAUCCUCGCAAGAUGGACAAGUCCACCAUACUGCAAAGAACUAUUGACUUCUUGCAGAAACAAAAAGACAUCAGUGCACAGAAUGAAACGUGCGAUGUCAGACAAGACUGGAAGCCUUCAUUCCUCAGCAACGAGGAGUUCACGCAGCUCAUGCUCGAGGCGCUUGAUGGUUUCUUGUUAGCGUUAACUACAGAUGGAAACAUCAUAUACGUGUCGGACAGUGUGUCUUCACUUAUUGGACAUUUGCCGUCAGAUAUGGUGGACCAAAAUAUCUUAAAUUUCCUCCCGGAACGGGAACACGGGGAGGUGUACAAGCUGCUAUCAUCCCAUAUGCUGAUGACUGACCCCAUUGCUGCUGACUUCCUGGCCGGUGAGGCACAUGUUGAAUUUUGCUGUCACCUUGCCAGAGGCAACAUCGAUCCAAAAGAGCAACCUGUGUACGAGUAUGUCAAGUUUGUUGGGGAUUUCAAGUUUCAUAACAAUGUGCCUACAUCCUCUUGUAAUGGGGUUGAAUUGACAUUACCAAGAAGCCUGCAGUCAUCGCUGGAGGAGCAGGUCUGCCUCAUUGCUACUGUACGAUUAGUCACUCCGCAGUUUCUCAAGGAUUUGUGUAACGUGCAUGAUCCUUGUGAUGAAUUCACGUCCCGGCACAGCCUCGAAUGGAAGUUCCUGUUUCUAGAUCAUAGGGCUUCUCCAAUCAUAGGCUAUUUACCCUUCGAGGUUCUUGGAACAUCUGGCUAUGAUUACUAUCAUGUGGAUGAUUUGGAGCUUAUAGCACAAUGUCAUAAGCAAUUGAUGCAGUUUGGAAAAGGUAAAUCCUGCUACUACCGCUUUCUGACAAAGGGCCAGCAGUGGAUUUGGUUGCGGACGCACUACUACAUUACGUAUCACCAGUGGAACUCAAAACCAGAGUUCAUAGUGUGUACUCACACUGUUGUCAGUUAUGCUGAAGUACGAGCUGAAAGGAGGCGAGCGUUUGGCCUUGAGGAGCUGUCGCCACUGGAGAUAGCGCCCUCCUCUGUGAAGGCCCAGGAGCUGUACUUGGACAUGUGCUCCACACUGGACCCGCCACGGGACAGAAAGAGCGGUGCACGUUCAGUAUCCUCCCACAGCUCUCGGAAGUCCUCCCACACAGCACAGUCGGACUCAGCAUCAGCAAACUCAUACACGGAGACCUGCACGCCGUCAUGGCAGUCUGCUUCUGUCGGCACAGAGAGAACGCCAGCCAGACUCCAAGCUGGGAGUUCAAAGAAUUUGACCCAAAGACAAAAUUCCUUUGACCUGGUCCCCCAAAUGAGCCUCCCCGUUUCUCCUCCUUGCAGCAAGCGUUCAGUGAUGCAACAGCAAACACCACAACAACAACAGCAGCAGCAGCAGCAGCAGCAGCAGUCGUCGUCGUCCAUGUUUCAGCUGCAGCAGCCUCAGCUUGGUGUCAUGAACCAGCUGAAGGAGCAACUGGAGGAGAGGACGCGCAUCCUGCAGGCUGACAUUAAGACGCAGCAGCAGGAGCUACACGACAUCAAAGAGAAGCUUCACCUCGCUAACCUUCAGAUGUUGCUACAACAGCCCAUCCACAAUGAAUUUGGCCAGCAGCCCCAGCCGCCCCAGCAGCAGGGCCCAGGCAGGCCGACCCCGCAGAGCCAAUCGGGGGUCAUCCGGCAGCUCCCGUGCCCCCCAAAACCACAAUCUUGCGGGGCUCACAGUUCGUCCCCUCAUUCGCUGCUGAGGGAGAACAGCUCUCCCUCCACACAGGUCCCACAGAGGAUCCCCCGAAGUAGCCAGGUGCAGUCAGUGAGUUUGCCCAUGCAGACCAACACGAGCCUGACCAUGCCCUUCUACAGCAACCCCAUGAUGUUCUCUCAGACCAACACCAGGCCUCUACACGAUGCAAACCAAAGACACACGGACAACGAGUUUAACCAAGACGGACAACUACGCAUGCUCCUCAACCAGCCAAUGCAGACGCUGGUUCCCACAAGCAGUGUGUCCUCGCAGCCUUCCCAACAGUGCAACAUGGGCAUUCCCCAGACCUUAUACACCUUGGAUCAGCAGAUCAUCACGCCUUCGUUCUCCAUGCAACAGGUCAACUGCAACGCCGUGCUCGUGCCCUCUCAGGUCUUCUCGUCGCCCAUCAUGAUCCCGCACAACAGUUUCAUCUCCCACCAGUCGCAGUCAAGCUACCAGGCUCAGCCUCAGGCCUCACAGCACUCCCUACAGCUCCAGCAGCCCCAGCAGUUCUUUCAGAUGACCCAAGGACUCGUGCACAGUGGGUCGACUCCAGCAUUCUUACAUACUGCCAACAUCCAGCAGCAAAGUACCGUGGGAUACAUACAGCAGCCGCCGCCGCCGCCGCCGCCACAAGCACAGCAGCAACAGCCGCAACAAAGAUCGUACCAACAUUCCCAAAAUCAGAAUGUUUCAGACUUUCGAAAUAUGCUAACGCGGUAGCACUGUGGAAAUCGGCAUCAAACUCUGCAGCAAAAGUGACAGACACAAGCGGCCCGAACAUUUAAUGUGAAGCAGCUCGUUCACGGGGCGUGCUGGAGUUAAAUGGCAUUGGGACGCGACGCAGAGCAGACGUGACCUGAGGAUCUGAGGAAUGUGAUGAUGAGAGGCGGGGCCUUUCAUCACCAGCCCGCGACACACUGACUUGUCAUUGAAACAAGUGGAUUUAUCACCGCUGUCACAAGGACGCCACUUUCAUUUCGCACUUUGAUACCACGCCCCACCCAGAAGUAGAGUAUUUAUUUUUGCCUAUACAGUUAAUAUUAAAUAUGCACACUAAAUAGUGGCUUCACAGUGAGAUUACUUUCCCCCACAACCCCCUUCAGUGAUAUCAUGAGUUCUAACUCCCUUUUUUAAUCUGGAAAAAAAGGGACACGUAGGGAAUUUGCAGACGUCGAACAUCACCCCCUAAAUAUGUGACUUGCUGGUAUGCGCGUGGUUCCAUGGGGGCUUCAGUGUGGAAUAUCAUAUCGAAAUUCUCCUUUUAAGCUACACUGACUCCCCAAAGGUAUGUUUGCCUAAACUUGACAAGCAUUCGUCACGGUCUUUAUUGAAAGGCUCAAUCUGCAAAAUGAAGGGCUGCUUCAACUGUCUCAACACCUGCCAGUGAAAUUAACAACAGUGCUCUGCAGUCACCCACAUUGAGCCCUGCAGCGCCACUGUGGACUGACGAGGUAAACAAGUAAAUGGAGGAGGAGGGGUAUACUGUAAUGUGCCUUGAACCAUGCUACUACUUUUACCAUGGUGCAGUUCCAUUGUUGUCUGAUUACGGCUUUAAAAAUCCUACUCAGGUGCAUUUGGAAUACAAAGUUUCUAUUUUCAUAGAUAGUAAUUUAUUAUUUUUUCCCACAUCAGAUUAAAAUCCAGAGACAUUUAGAUUUAUAUUGGAGAUUGGAAAAAAAAUAUAUAUACUGGAUGCCUUUGCAACCUUACCUUGUCCCAUCAAUGAAGUUUUAAGACUUUUAUGUAAACUCUGCAUUGUUCUUUCACAUUCAGUAGUUUGCUGAAACCCUGAUUACAUUUAUUUUAAAUAACUCAGAAAUGAAACCAUGAGGUUGAGAUGAAUUUGAAAGGGUCACCAAUGGUCUUAACAUCUUACCCCACGUCAUUGCAUUUCAUAAAUAAUAUGCAGGGACAUUAAAAGAUUAACAGACUGAGAUGCCAUUUGAGAGGUUAGAAGAUGUGUGCUACAACAUGUGUACAUGUUCAGAAUUGUAUGUCCGUAAAUUGUAUUUUUCACUCCAAAUAGCAUGCCACGAAAAUGGUGCCGUUACAAAGAUAAUAAUGCUUUUUAUUUUCGGACGCUGUCAGAGAGGUAUUCGUUUAACAACGUGUCAGGGAAAGGUGCUUGUGAUAUUUUGGUUAUCGUGCAAAUUGCAAGUUAGUCUAAAACAUCCUGCAGUAUAAUUAGGUUUUUAACAAACAUUUCAUGCAACUUGGCAAAAUUUACAACUACAUACAAUUAACUGAGAGUCAAAAUAUAUUUUAAAAAUAACAUAAAUCUCAUGAAAAGUUUUCCAGAAUGCUUCUAAAAGUGUGCUGGAAAUAAAGGAAAUGCAGAAUCCAGAUGCCAUCUAAUGCAAUCCCAAUGAGAAUAGUACAAUAAAAAUACCAUCCUGACAAUUAAACAAGGGAUUAUUAUCUUUGUAAAGGCAGACUUCUACAGCUCUUGUAUUAGAUCUUAUUAGAUUGUGCAGGUGUACUUAUAUUGCGGCCUGCUCGAUACUACUCGAAUGUCAUUUUCAGUGAAAAAAUUUUUUAGUAAUACAGUGGUACCUCGGUUUUUGUUAUUUCCUUCCAAUCAGACGAAAACAGAAACGUAUGAAAACCCAAGGGAAAUAAUGUAAAUCCAAGGAAUCCAUUGCAGACACCCACCAAUAUUACCUAAAAACACAUUUUAUUAAAAAUAAUUAUAGUUUUACAUGCAGAAAACAAUGCACAAAUAAUUAGGAAUGAUUAACGAUUGGAAUUUAUCGUUGGUGCGGUCUUCCCGUACAUCCUGGUGAGAUUUUAAUUCUGUAGUGUUUCCCAGCUUCUUUAUCACUCACAACUUUUGUUGGCUCCAUGGUGGGUUAUGUAUCAGGCGCACUCAAUAAAAAAUGAGCAACAGUCAGCAACACGUAGGGUGCUUUGUUUGGGCACUCGAUUUUCCGGAAUGAAACCCAUAUUCCACUGCAUACAGCAGUUUCCAACAGCAGUUUCCAGAGUAUGUGGUGAAAUUUAAAAAAACAAAAGAAAGAAAAACAUACAAAAUGAGGCAGUUAGGGGAGGCCUAAACGUUCUAUCGCACCCUUUGAAACCUCCCGGUGUGUUAAUAUUAUAACUGGUGAGUGUGUGAGUGUGUGCGCGCGCAUGUGUGUGCAAUGACGACGCAUCAGAGAGAGAUGUGAAGUAUUUGAAGAAGCUUCAUUGAUGAACAGCUGCUAAUUAUCUGAGGAUCAAACACUGCACACCGUUUUUUCCAAUUUGUCACUCACGUCCUUUUAAUUAUAUGUUGUCAGGAAACCUGACUGCCAUGUGCUCAACUGUGUAUCAGCUUUUACUGACAAUCCUAACUGAAUUCCCCGCAGACACAAUAGAGUUAUGAUCUCAACUGUUAUCGUGUUUUUGGUGGGUCUCCCCCCCCCGCCCCCGCGACGCUUGGUGUGAGCUACGACACGCAUCAAAAGGUGCCGUGCCGUUCUACUCUUCGACGAUGUGCAAUGUCUGUUUGAGAAUGUUAAUUUAUACUGUUUGUAUGUAUGAUACACCACUGUACUGCGUAAAUUAUUAUAUAUAAGUAUUUUUUUUUGUUGAAACACCCUGACAUUCCAUCAUGUGUGGAUGUCUUGUCAGAGACAAUAUGUUACACUCUCAAUGAUUACAGCUCAUAGACCUGGAAUGUGGUAUAGCUUGUUUUUUUCCUCCUGAGCAUGUGAGACACAACCACUGACGAAAAAAACAAAAAAAAAACAAAAAAACUGAAGUUCACCAUGAUGAAGUUUAUCCAAACGCGGAAGAGAUUUACGCUUUUGUUUUUUGUUCUUUUUAGCUGCUCAAAUGCUAAGCAGUGCCAAUAUUUGCAGUUCUGGAGACAUCAUGACAUCUCCCCUCGUGUGGAAGCAGGUGGUGACGACGAGCUGACAUUGUGCAAGAGGCGGGGUGUGCACAUGUGGACCUUUCAGUCAGAAGGACCGCUUAUAUUUUUAUUUGCCUUGCAUUCAUAUGAAAUCAUACGACUCGUGCAAGCGUGAAUGCGCUAAUCUCCCAUUGCAGUUAAACCUCAAAAUGACUUGCAUUAUGGAACAAAAACACCCUGUCUUCACCUGGAUGUAAACAUCUUAGAGCCGUUCGAUCAUGUAAAUAAUCUGCUUGAAACAUUUCAACCAUCUCCCCUGUUUUAGCUUCAUGGGCUCUUUCCAUUUAGUCCCGCUGUUUAUGAAGGUUUGUGAUAUUUUUCCUGAUUUGUCAGGUGAUGAUGGGACACUUUUAUUUUGGUGUAAGACUAUUGAGGCCAGGACCUGAGGAACACGAACCUGCUCCACAGCUAUUUCUGCCGUUGCAGUGCAGAAAACAUUGAAUAUAUUGUAUAUUAGAAUGUACAAAAAAACACUAGAUGAUAUAGUUUAUUUUGUAUGUCUCAUGGAUUACAUCUGUACGUUACAUGAUUUUACAAUUAAAGUAAUUUUGUAACAGAUAA